AUGCUUUCCCGGGGUGAGGGUGCAACCCUGCUAACGAGGCCUGUCCCUCUCCCAGACCAGGUUGGCCUUCCAGACUUCAAUGCAGGUGCCAUGGAGAACUGGGGACUCGUGACGUACCGGGAGAACUCGCUGCUCUAUGAUCCUCUCUUCUCUUCCAUCGGCAACAAGGAGAGGGUGGCAACAGUGAUCGCUCAUGAGCUUGCCCACCAGUGGUUCGGGAACCUGGUGACCCUGCGCUGGUGGAAUGACCUGUGGCUGAACGAGGGCUUUGCCUCCUACGUGGAGUACCUGGGGGCGGACUCUGCUGAGCCUUCCUGGCACAUUAAAGACCUGAUCGUGCAGAAUGACAUGUACCGGGUGAUGAAGGUCGACGCGCUGGCCUCCUCGCACCCGCUCUCCUUCCUGGAGAGCGAGAUCAACACGCCAGCGCAGAUCAGCGAGAUCUUUGACGCCAUCGCCUACAGCAAGGGGGCGUCGGUGCUGCGGAUGCUCUCGGAGUUCCUCACCGAGAACAGCUUCAAGAAGGGGCUGCAGUCCUACCUCCAAGCCUUCAGCUACGGAAACACGGUCUACGACGAUCUGUGGGAUCAUUUGCAAAAGGUGGUGGUUGAAGACAACAUUCAGCUCCCCACCACCAUCAAAGGCAUCAUGGAUCGCUGGACACUGCAGAUGGGCUUCCCCAUGGUGACCGUGGACACGAAAGUUGGCUCCAUUAGCCAGAGACACUUCUUACUGGACACCGAAUCCAUUGUCGAGCGGCCCUCGGCGUUCAACUACACCUGGAUAGUCCCUGUCACUUGGAUGAAGCAGCAGGAUGGGACAGAACAGAUGUACUGGCUCACCAAGACCUCAGCCACCAGCUCAUCGUUUGUGGUGGCUGGUGCCUCCAACUGGCUCCUGCUCAACAUCAACGUGACGGGGUAUUUCCGGGUGAACUAUGACCAGGAGAACUGGAACAAGCUGCUGAGCCAGCUGGUCACCAAUUAUGAGGUCAUCCCGGUGAUAAACCGAGCCCAGCUCAUUGACGAUGCCUUUAACCUGGCCAGGGCUAAACACAUCGACAUCACGCUGGCUCUGAAAACCACCACCUACCUGAAGGAGGAGCGGGAGUACCUGCCCUGGAGCGCAGCCCUCGACAACCUGGCCUACUUCCGCCUGAUGUUUGACCGCAGCGAGGUGUAUGGCCCCAUGCAGAAAUACAUCCAGCAGCAGGUGAUCCCCUUGUUCCAGUACUUUGGAAACAUCACCUCCAACUGGACCAGUCUCCCGGAAGGCUUGAUGGCGCAGUACAGCGAGAUCAACGCCAUCAGCACGGCCUGUUCCUAUGAGGUCCCUGAGUGCAGCCAGCUGGCCACCGCCUUCUUCAACCAGUGGAAGCAAAACCCCAGCAACAACACGAUCCCCCCGAACCUGCGCUCCUCCAUCUACUGCAGCGCCAUACAGAUGGGCAGCGAGGCAGACUGGGACUUCCUCUGGCAGAUGUUUAAAAACGCCACCGUGGUGGCGGCCGACAAGCUGCGCUCGGCCCUGGCCUGCAGCAAGGAGCCUUGGAUCUUGAGAAGGUAUCUGCAGUACGCCCUGGAUCCCACCAAAAUCCGGAAGCAGGACGCCACCUCCACCAUCAACAGCAUCGCCAGUAACGUGGUGGGGCAGAGCCUGGCCUGGGACUUCAUCCGGGGCAACUGGAAGACCCUUUUUCACGCAGUGAGUACCAUGGAGGGGCAGUACGGCGGGGGCUCCUUCUCCUUCUCGAGCCUGAUCCAGGUGGUGACGCAGCGCUCCUCUGACCUCGAGCUGAAGCAGCUGGAGCAGUUCAAGGCGGACAAUGCUGGCGUGGGCUUUGGGUCGGGCACACGGGCUGAGCAGGCCCUGGAGAAGACCGCAGCUAAUAUCAAAUGGGUGGCAGAGAACAAGCAGACGGUGCUGACGUGGUUUGAGACGGCAAGCAGCUGAGUGGGUGAACUCAGUAACACCGAAC